AUGGGGCUCUAUGGGGCGCUAUGGGGCACUAUAGGGCUCUAUGGGGCUCUAUGGGGCUCUAUGGGGUGCUGACUGUGUGCCCCCCAGGCUGGGCCCAUCCGAUUACAUCCGUACCCCCACUGGGGACCUGUUUGUGACGGCCGCGGUGCGACGGGGGCUGCUGCCCCGAAUCCUCGAGGGGCUCCUGGCGGCACGGAAAAGGGCCAAGCAGGAGCUGCAGUCGGAGUCGGACCCGUUCCGGCGCCAGGUCCUGGACGGCCGCCAGGUGGCGCUCAAGGUCAGCGCCAACUCGGUCUAUGGAGUCACGGGGGCACAGGCCGGACGGCUGCCGUGCCUGGAGAUAUCACAGGUGGUGUAUGGGGACACGGACUCUGUGAUGUGCCUCCUGGGGGUCCCCAUUGACCCUAUAUACCCCAUAUACCCCAUAUACCCCAUAUACCCUAUUAACCCUAUAUACCCUAUAUACCCUAUAUACCCUAUAUACCCCAUCCAGGUGGUGUAUGGGGACACGGACUCAGUGAUGUGCCUCCUGGGGGUCCCCAUUGACCCCAAUACCCCCAUAUACCCCAUAUACCCCAUAUAUUGACCCCAUAUACCCCAUAUACCCCAAUAACCCUAUUAACCCUAUAUACCCCAUACACCCCAUACAGGUGGUGUAUGGGGACACGGACUCAGUGAUGUGCCUCCUGGGGGUCCCCAUUGACCCCAAUACCCCCAUAUACCCCAUAUACCCCAAUACCCCCAUAUACCCCCCUAUAUUGACCCCAU